AUGUCGAAUCAUCACACUACUAUGGUCGUCUAUAGGAGAGACAAAAAUGUCCGGCGAUCUUCUGCAACAUUAACGGCGUCUGCUAAUAUCUUCUGUGACUUCCGCGAGUUCUUCGAUCUUCCAGAGGUUACUUUGCCUCAAGUAAUCGGGUACAGAAGUGCAAAAGUAACCUACGAUUAA